AUGCCUCCGUCGCAGUUGAAACAGCUCAAGGCCUCGCUUCGUGAUAGCGGAGUGAUUGGCCCGCAGCAGUCCAAGAAGAAAAAGCGUCAAGAUGCCAAAUCGGGUAUCGGCGCGCAGAAUCGAAUCCAGCGCAAUGCCGCCCUGCAGGCCAUUCGAGACCGCUUCAAUCCGUUUGAAAUCAAAACCGUCGCUGCGCGAAGCAAAUUCGACGUGACAACCCGUGAUGGUGGCUCGAAAUCCGCUGCGGUGCAGGCGAGACCGGGCGUGACCAAGUCGCUCGGGGAAGAAAAGAGACGCGAUACCCUACUCCGGGAAUACGAGCGGAGGAAAAAGGUCGGUGGCAUUCUCGACCGUCGAUUCGGUGAAAAUGACCCGACUAUGACCCCCGAGGAGAGAGCGGCUGAACGAUUCGCCAAGGAAAGUCAAAGAAAGUUGCGCAAGGAAUCGAUGUUCAACCUUGAGGAGGACGAAGAAGAGUUCCAACUCACCCACAAAGGCGAGUCCUUAUCCUUUGGGGAUGGCGCCCUCGGAGACGAUUUCGACGAAGGUGGGUUGAGCGAGCAGGAGGACAUGUCAGAUUCUGAAAUCUCUCGGAAGAGGAAACGGUUCCUCAACGACGACGGCGAGAUGGAGGAGGGGUUCGAUGGGCCCGGAGAAGAGGAAGAGCCCGGACGGAAAAAGUCGAAACAUGAAAUCAUGAAGGAAGUCAUCGCUAAGUCGAAAUUCUACAAACUCGAGCGACAAAAGGCCAAGGAAGACGACGAUGACCUCCGUGAAGAGCUUGACAAGGGGCUCCCCGACCUUUUUGAUAUGCUUAGGGGGAUCAAACCCCCGCCGAAGCCAGAGCCCGCGAAGAAUGACCUGGAGUCCAUGAAUCCCGAUCGUGCUGCCUUCUUAAUGGAAGGGCCCGAGAAGGACACCGAGAAGGAGUAUGACCAUCGCCUCAAGGAAUUGACUUUUGAUAAGCGUUCCAUGCCAACCGACCGCACCAAAACCGAAGAGGAAAAGGCCGAAGAGGAGGCGCAACGGCUGAAGACUCUUGAGGAGGAGCGUCUCCGGAGAAUGCGCGGCGAGGAAGUAAGCGAUGAGGACGAGGAAGAGGAGGACAAGGAAAGCGAUGGAGGAGGGGAGAUAUCUGAGGACGAAUCUAUUCCUGACGAUGCCAAAGCAUUCGGUUUGCAACACGGGACUCGUACCGAGCUCGGAGUUGAAGAUGAGGACGAUUUCAUUAUCGACGACGACCUGGUGGAAACAAGGUCUGAUGUCAGUUUAUCGGUUGGCGACAGCGACGAGGAGGCGUUGUCCGCAGGAGAAUCCGACGAAGAAGAAGAGGAUGAGCUCAUCAAUGGGAUCACUCUCCCCGACGAAUCCGUGGGAGAAACCGAGGGCGCACCGGAGGCCCAGGAUGGACUGGCGUACACAUAUCCAUGCCCUGCAGACCAUGACGAGUUCCUUCAGAUCAUCCAGGACGUGCCAACACAAGACCUGCCUACCGUCAUCCAGAGGAUCCGAGCGUUGCACCAUCCUCGACUUCAUAGUGACAAUAAGAUGAAGCUUGGACGGUUCGCUGCAAUUCUAGUUCAGCAUGUUUCCUAUAUGGCCGAGCAGCCCGAGCAUCCUCCCUUCGCCAUUCUGGAGAACAUUCUCCGCCACGUCCACUCGUUGGCGAAGACCCAUCCUGAGAGUGUCUCCCGGGCGUUCAGGGCACACCUACGUGAAAUCACAGCCGACCGGCCUCUGGGCCUCCGUGCUGGCGACCUGGUCGUUCUGACCGGCAUUGCCGCCGUCUUCCCGACAUCCGAUCAUUUCCACGCCGUCGCGACACCGGCACACCUCUGCCUGGCUCGGUACCUAGGACAGGGGUCUGUCGAGACGCUCGGAGACCUGGCUAAGGGGGCAUAUGUCACCAGUCUUGUCCUCCAGUACCAGAUGAUUUCGAAGCGCUACAUGCCGGAACUUAUCAACUACGUGCUCAAUGCCCUCUGUAUUCUGGCUCCCCAAGCACCCGAGACUGAGCUUGGGCCGUUCCCAUCCAGAACAUCCUCCAAGUCCCUGCGGCUGGAUGCCUCCAAGCCCAUCUCGUCGCGGAAGCUUCAUUUCUGGGAUGUCACAGGCGGGGAGAAGGAUUCCAGCCUCCGAGCGCAGGAGGAGCUCAAGCUCUCGCUCAUCCGCACCUUCGUACACCUUCUGAACACGGCAUCCGAUCUCUGGGUGGACCAGUCCGCGUUCACGGAGAUAUUCGAGCCGGCGCAGCGAGUGCUCCGCCACGUGGGAGGGGGGGACUCGCACAAGGGCAAAAAACUAGCGAAAGUGUCCCGCGACGCGCAGGACGAGCUGCACCGCACGGUGGAGCAGAUCGCGCGCCGUCUCUCGCAGUCGCGCAGCGCUCGUCGGCCGCUGUUGCUGCACCAGCACCGGCCGCUGGCGAUCAAGACGGCCAUCCCCAAGUUCGAGGAGACGUUCAACCCGGACAAGCACUACGAUCCGGAUCGCGAGCGGGCCGAGGCCAACCGGCUCAAGGCAGAGUACAAGCGCGAGCGCAAGGGAGCAAUCCGCGAGUUGCGCAAGGACGCCAAUUUCAUUGCGCGCGAGCAGUUGCGCGAGAAGAAGGAGCGCGACGCCGAGUACGAGCGCAAGUACAAGCGGCUUGUCGCCGAGGUACAGAACCAGGAGGGUCGCGAGGCGAAUGUGUACGAGAGAGAGAAGAGACUGCGCCAGGGCAAGCGGUGA